UCCAGCCCGGAUAUUGAGUGCAGCCAUUGAGAAAAGCCAAACUCUUGUGUGUGUGCGUCUCGAAUAGCCCCCAAGAUGGCCGCCAAUGUGGGAUCGAUGUUUCAAUAUUGGAAGCGAUUUGAUCUACGGCGACUCCAGAAGGAGCUUAAUUCCGUCGCUUCCGAGCUGUCUGCACGGCAGGAGGAGAGUGAACAUUCUCAUAAACAUUUAAUUGAACUCCGCCGGGAAUUUAAGAAAAAUGUACCUGAGGAAAUCAGAGAGAUGGUGGCUCCUGUAUUAAAAAGCUUCCAAGCUGAGGUGGUGGCCCUUAGUAAGAGAAGUCAGGAGGCCGAGGCAGCUUUCCUGAGCGUUUACAAGCAAUUAAUUGAAGCACCAGACCCUGUGCCUGUGUUUGAGGCAGCGCGCGGCCUAGACGACAGACUGCAGCCCCCCAGCUUCGACCCCAGCGGGCAGCCGCGGCGAGACCUCCACACUUCGUGGAAGAGGCACCCCGAGCUCCUUGGCCCUAAAGAGCAGAGAGAGGGGACGUCUCCGGCCGGACCCACGCUGACCGAGGGGAGCCGCCUCCCAGGCAUUCCCGGCAAAGCCCUCCUGACAGAAACUUUGCUGCAGAGAAAUGAGGCAGAGAAACAAAAGGGCCUUCAAGAAGUACAAAUCACUUUGGCAGCCAGACUGGGGGAGGCAGAGGAAAAGAUCAAAGUCCUACAUUCAGCGUUAAAGGCCACACAGACAGAGCUGUUGGAACUGCGGCGGAAAUACGAUGAGGAGGCAGCAUCCAAGGCAGAUGAAGUCGGCCUGAUCAUGACCAACUUGGAGAAGGCUAAUCAGCGAGCUGAGGCUGCCCAGCGGGAGGUAGAAAGUCUUCGAGAACAACUCGCCUCAGUCAACAGCUCUAUCCGCCUGGCCUGCUGCUCCCCCCAGGGACCCAGUGGGGAUAAGGUGAACUUCACGCUGUGCUCAGGCCCCCGGCUUGAGGCUGCCCUGGCCUCCAAGGAUCGGGAGAUCCUGCGGCUGCUGAAGGAUGUGCAGCACCUCCAGAAUUCUCUGCAGGAACUGGAGGAGACCUCUGCCAACCAGAUUGCGGACCUGGAGCGGCAGCUCACGGCCAAGUCCGAAGCCAUAGAGAAGCUGGAAGAGAAGCUCCAGGCACAGUCUGACUAUGAAGAAAUUAAAACAGAGCUGAGCAUCCUGAAAGCCAUGAAGCUGGCCUCUAGCACCUGCAGCCUCCCGCAGCCCAGCUUCUUGUCUCCUCAGGGCAUGUCCAAGCCCGAAGACUCGUUGCUCAUGGCAAAGGAGGCCUUCUUCCCCACGCAGAAAUUCCUUCUGGAAAAGCCUGGUCUUCUGACCAGCCCUGAGGAGGACCCUUCAGAGGAUGAUUCCAUCAAGGACUCCCUGGGCACAGAGCAGUCCUACCCAUCGCCUCCACAGCUCCCGCCACCGCCAGGGCCUGAAGACCCCCUGUCCCCCAGCCCUGGGCAGCCCCUGCUGGGCCCUGGCCUGGGCCCCGAUGGCCCAAGGACUUUCUCAUUGUCCCCCUUCCCCAGCCUGGCUUCUGGGGACAGACUGGCAGGGGACACACUGCUGUCCAAACAUAUGAUGCCCCCGGCCACCUUCAAAGGGGAGGCGGGUGGCCUGCUGGUGUUCCCCCCAGCCUUCUAUGGCACCAAGCCGCCCACGGCCCCUGCCACCCCAGCUCCUGGCCCUGAGCCACCCGGGGCCCCCGAGCCUGUAGAUGGGGGUGGGGGCAGCACAGCUGGGGCAGGGGCCGGAACCGAGGAGGAGCAGCUGGACACGGCGGAGAUUGCAUUCCAGGUGAAGGAGCAGCUGCUCAAACACAACAUCGGGCAGCGGGUGUUUGGCCACUAUGUGCUGGGGCUGUCACAGGGCUCGGUCAGCGAGAUCCUGGCCCGGCCCAAGCCCUGGCGCAAGCUCACAGUGAAGGGCAAGGAGCCCUUCAUCAAGAUGAAGCAGUUCCUGUCGGAUGAGCAGAACGUGCUGGCUCUGAGGACCAUCCAGGUGCGGCAGCGAGGCAGUAUCACCCCAAGAAUCCGCACACCAGAGACAGGCUCAGAUGACGCCAUCAAGAGCAUCCUGGAACAGGCCAAGAAAGAGAUCGAGUCCCAGAAAGGGGGUGAGUCCAAGAACUCCACGGCCCCACUGGGCAUCACCAACGGCACAGCCCCCGCCAGCACCUCGGAAGAUGCCAUCAAGAACAUUCUGGAGCAAGCGCGCCGCGAGAUGCAGGCGCAACAGCAGGCCCUGCUGGAGAUGGAGGCCGGCCCCCGGGGCCGCUCGGUGCCUCCCUCGCCCCCAGAGCGGCCCUCGCUGGCCACUGCGAGCCAGAAUGGGGCUCCGACCUAUGUCAAGCAGGAAGACAGCAGCGGUGGUGGUGGCGGCGGCGGGGGAACCAGCAGCAGCGCCACACAGACCUCCCUCACGGUCUUGUCCCCUGCUGCCUUCGUGCAGAGCAUCAUCCGGAAGGUCAAGUCGGAGAUUGGCGACGCCGGCUACUUCGACCACCACUGGGCCUCGGACCGUGGCCUGCUCAGCCGCCCCUACACCUCUGUCUCACCCUCCCUCUCCUCCUCCUCCUCCGGCUACUCCGGACAGCCCAACGGGCGGGCCUGGCCCCGUGGGGACGAGGCCCCCACGGCCCCCGAGGACGAAGCGGCGGGGGGCGAGGAUGAGCCUCCCAGAGUGGGCGAGCUGAAGGCCGAAGGCGGCGUCCCCGAGGCGGGCAGCGGUGGGCGGCUGGCCUACUACCCAGCGUACGUGCCCCGCACACUGAAGCCUACCGUGCCGCCCCUGACCCCCGAGCAGUACGAGCUUUACAUGUACCGGGAGGUGGAUACGCUGGAGCUGACGCGCCAGGUCAAGGAGAAGCUGGCCAAGAAUGGAAUUUGCCAGAGGAUCUUCGGGGAGAAGGUGCUGGGCCUGUCACAGGGCAGUGUGAGCGACAUGCUGUCCCGGCCGAAGCCGUGGAGCAAGCUGACACAGAAGGGGCGAGAGCCCUUCAUCCGCAUGCAGCUGUGGCUGUCAGACCAGCUCGGCCAGGCCAUCAGCCAGCAGCCCAGCGCCUCUCAGGCCAGUCCCACGGAACCGAGGUCCUCGCCGUCCCCACCCCCUAGCCCCACGGAGCCGGAGAGGAGCUCCCAGGAGCCCUUGAGCCUGGCACUGGAGGGCAGCAAGGAGAACCAGCAGCCGGAGGGACGCUCCAGCUCCUCGCUGGGGGGGAAGGUGUACUCGGGCAGCCAGGCCACGGGGGGCAUCCAGGAGAUUGUGGCCAUGUCCCCCGAGCUGGACACAUACUCCAUCACCAAGAGAGUCAAAGAGGUCCUCACAGACAACAAUCUAGGGCAGCGGCUGUUUGGGGAGAGCAUCCUGGGACUGACGCAGGGCUCCGUGUCUGACCUGCUGUCCCGGCCCAAACCCUGGCACAAGCUGAGCCUGAAGGGACGGGAGCCCUUUGUGCGCAUGCAGCUGUGGCUCAAUGACCCCCAUAAUGUGGAGAAGCUGAGGGACAUGAAGAAGCUGGAGAAGAAAGCCUACCUCAAGCGCAGGUACGGCCUCAUUAGCACCGGCUCCGACAGCGAGUCUCCAGCCACCCGCUCCGAGUGCCCCAGCCCCUGCCUGCAGCCCCAGGACCUGAGCCUCCUGCAAAUCAAGAAGCCCCGAGUGGUGCUGGCGCCCGAGGAGAAGGAGGCGCUGAAGAAGGCCUACCAGCUGGAGCCCUACCCCUCCCAGCAGACCAUCGAGCUCCUCUCCUUCCAGCUCAACCUCAAGACCAACACCGUCAUCAACUGGUUCCACAACUACAGGUCCCGGAUGCGCCGGGAGAUGUUGGUGGAGGGGACCCAAGACGAACCAGACCUCGACCCCAGUGGGGGUCCCGGCGUCCUGCCACCAGGCCACUCCCGCCCAGACCCUACCCCACAGAGCCCUGACUCUGAGGCUGAGGACCAGAAGCCUCCUGUGAAGGAGCUGGAGCCUCAGGAGGGCUCUGAGGAGCGCGUCAUACCCCCGACCACCCAGGACAAGGCCCAGGUGAGGAUUAAGCAGGAACAGACUGAGGAGGAUGCAGAGGAAGAGGCGGGAAACCAGCUCCGGGACCCAGGGGAGCCAGACGAAGGCCAAGGUUCCCCCAAAGAGGCGCAUCCCGACCAUCCGGGUAAUGACAGACUCCCGAAAGUGGCCCCAGGGCUCCUCCUUCCAGGCGGGACCACUCCAGACUGCCCCUCACUGCAGCCCCCCCAGGAGAGCGAGGGUGGGGAGCGGCUACACCCGGACCCUCUGAGUUUUAAGUCGGUCUCCGAGUCCUCGCGCUGCAGCCUGGAGGUGUCGCUGAACUCACCCUCAGCCGCCUCCUCACCGGGCCUCAUGAUGUCUGUGUCACCUGUCCCCUCCUCCUCAGCCCCCAUCUCCCCAUCCCCACCCGGCGCCCCUCCCGCCAAAGUGCCGAGCGCCAGCCCCACUGCCGACACGGCUGGGGCCCUGCACCCCAGCGCCAAGGUGAACCCCAACUUGCAGCGGCGACACGAGAAGAUGGCCAACCUGAACAGCAUCAUCUACCGGCUAGAGAGGGCCGCCAAUCGGGAGGAGGCCUUGGAGUGGGAGUUCUGAAGGCGGCCGGGCCCACGAGGGCAGGGGGCACACGGGGGGCCGCCCUUCCCUCUCUCACUCGCUCUGCCAGGCAGGGUGGGGGAAGGAAGGGAGGAACUCGACCAUCAAAAUGUGGGCAGCAGUGUGAUGCAGUUUACGUUUUCUGUCGUAACCCUAGUUCUGGGACGCGGCGCAGGAGCGGGUGGGGCGUGUGCCACCACCGCCUCUCCUUGGCACCCGCCGCCCGCGGGGCGCCCCCUUCUCCACCCUGGCCUCUCUGCGGGAGGCACAAGCGAUGUGGCACCACAUUCUCACCUGGAAACUCCAAACUCUUUUAGAAAAAUAAAUAUUUAUAGACCUCUUUUAGAUAUUUUAAUAAAGGAUCCUUUGGAAUUUAUUCCCAGCCAAUGCUGUUUUGAUAUUACAGAGAGUUAUAAAAUCAGGAUGCGGUCACAACUGUUGCGAAGUAUACACCGAAGUUGUGUCGUUUUUGCCACUAGAUGAGAUUAAAAGAAGACAAUUGUUCAAAGCCAUCACAAAACACUCUAAG